UAAACGUUUUACUGCACAGGCCGACGUACAGUCGUUCGAGAGACCCGAGAUUCGACUUUCGAGAUCCGAGAUCCAAAAGCCCGAACACGAAUAUAUAUAUACACAUAAGUCCAUCGUCUUCUCGCACGCAAAUCAACGCAGUUCAAUCAACCAGCAAAUAUGAAAUUCUUAGUCACCAUCGCCGCCCUCUUCAGCCUCUUCGUGGCCUUCGCCGCGGGUCAGCAAUACUUUCUGGGCCAGUUCGGUCCCAGCCGAGGCAGGUUCGGAUUCGAUCCCGUGGCGCUAGCGGGUCCCUCAUCCGCCACACAGGUGCGGGAUCCUCGACAGAACCGAGGACCCGUGGUGUUCCCCCCCUCCCCGCCAGAUGCAGUGGACGAGUCCAGCGGCGUGGUCGUCGGCGCCUCCGGAUACGGAUUUGUGCCGCCCCAGCAAACAGCGGCGGCUGUGGCGGCUGUGGCGGUUGCGGCCGGGGAUCCGACAACGUACUUUAGCACCACAUUCCAGACACCCGACACCGCCUAUGCGACAUACAACUUCUUCGGAAGUCCGUACUCCACGCGGUUUAGGUACUUCUGAAGCGGAACGAACGAAGCUGUGGCCAAAGUCGAGAAUCCCCCAAGUCAUGUUGAGUGGUCAGUGGAGCAGGAGGAAAAGGAGGAGGCGCACUGAUCGCUGCCGGAGAACUAGGAGCAAGAGCUGGAGACUAGAAACAAUUUUCUUGUAAAUAAAUGUGUUAACUCUUAUUAACAAAUAAAUAGGGAGAGCAUUUUAAAUGUAAAUCGAACUAUAAAACAAAA